AUGGGUGCUGACAAGAAGCGUAAGCUCGAGGAGGAUGUCCCAGUUGAGGCGAUUGCGCCGGAGGGCAAGAAGCUAAAGAAGGAAAAGAAGGACAAAAAGGAGAAGAAGGAGAAGAAGGAAAAGAAGGAAAAGAAGGAGAAGAAGGAGAAGAAGGAGAAGACAGAGGAGAAUACAGAGGAGGAGAAGAAGGAAAAGAAGGACAAGAAGGACAAGAAAGAGAAGAAAGACAAGAAGAAGGAAAAGAAAGAAAAGGAGACAGAUGCUGAAACCACCAUCGAAGCCGAAGCCGAGGCUGAAGCCGAAGUUGCACCUGUCGACGAAGACGCUGCAGCCGCCGCCAGAAAGGCAGCCAGGAAAGUAAAGAAAGACAAGCAAAAGGCCAAGAAGCUCGCAGCAAAGUCUGAAGAACAAGCCAACACUGAAGAGCAGCCAGCCGGCGAAAACGGUGAUGAGACAGAAGGCAGCAAGAAGAACCGAUUCAUCUGCUUUGUCGGAAACUUGCCGUACUCUGCAAGCCAAGAGUCCCUCGCAAAACACUUCGAGAAGAACCCGCCUGCCUCGAUCCGCGUUGCUACAAAGCCAGAUGACCCGAAGAACAAAUGCCGCGGCUUUGCAUUCAUCGAGUUUGAUAACUACGAUCGUAUGAAGACCUGUCUUAAGCUUUACCAUCACUCUAUGUUCGAUGAUGGAAAGUACCCACCUCGACGGAUGAAUGUUGAACUGACUGCCGGUGGUGGUGGUGGCAAGUCUGAGAACCGCAGAGCUAAGAUCCAGGCUAAGAACGAGAAGCUCAAUGAUGAGCGUCAGCGUUCUGCCAAGGAUAUACAAAAGGACAAGAAUAAGCUCACCAAGGCUGCACCGGCUGCUGCUGCUACUGAUGAUGACCCAUACGCUGGCGUGCACCCCAGUCGUCGGCCGCAAUUGCGGUAG